AUGCCUGGCCUCCCCUUACAUAUCACUUUCUGUCUCACUAUGUUGCUGCCUCUCUCAGACUCCACUGUUGAUCUAUAUACUGUCUCUUCUCCACAAAAAGAAGAAGAAGAAGGGAAGAAAGGCCCCCUAGUGAAUGGCAUUCUGAUGCAAAGUCAUUCACUUGCUCCUCUUUCUCUCCUCUCUCUCUCUCUCAUCCAACAACACAGCCUGGAGAGCCGCUUUACCCCUUUUGGAACUAUCAGGCUCUCUCUUCUCUCUUCUUCCUCCCAGCCUCCCUUUUUCGCGAGGGCUUUUGUCCUUUCACACACACACACACACACAACACACAACCACACUUGCACAUCCACAUAUACUCUCCUUCUUCUUCUUCAUCGCUCUGGUGCCUUUUUUCCUCUGAUAUUCACCCUCAUUGCCAGCUGCUUGAGAUAG